UCUAAGAAUGUUUCAGAUCAAUGCUUGAAUUUCUUAUUUUGGAUUACAUUAUUUAAAAGGAAUAUACAUAUACUUGGUCCUACAUUAUUUACAAGCAGAUUGGCUUUAGUUCUCUCAUGAUUACUCUCUUUAAAAUCUACCAAUACUUAUACAAUGGAACCAAAUAGUGAAAGGGACUUACUAAUAAACCAAACACAAAAAGGAGUUGGAGUAAAAUGUGAUAUUGUCAAUGAAUGUCAGAUGUUUUUGAAAGCAGAAGAAGGCGGAGGUGAUGCACAUUCAAUAAUGCAUGACCCUACUUCAGCAACUGAUAAAAGUAAAAAUAAUUUUGUUCCUGUUCCUCAGCAAGAUGUAAAGGAGUUUUCAUCUGAAGAAACAUUAGCUGAAUCAAACACAGAUAAUGAAGGUACUAGUAGUAGACAGUCAUUAAACGAAAGUGUCCAAGCGCAGCAUGGUUCAAUUAACACUGAGUCACCGGACUUUAAGGAGGAAGGCUUGCCAAAUACGGUCACCGUAUUGGAUGCUCCAAAUGGUGGUAAAGUGUAUCUGGUUGGCACGGCUCAUUUCAGUAUACAGUCCCAGGAAGAUGUAUCAAGGGUGAUACAAGAAGUCUCACCACACAUAGUGAUGGUGGAGUUAUGCGAGCAAAGGACCAGUAUAUUAUUACUCGACGAGGAAGUUAUUUUAAGGGAAGCUAAAAACAUUAAUAUUAAGAAGAUUAGGGCAACAAUGGCUCAAAACGGAGUUUUUAAUGGGUUAAUGUAUAUAUUACUGCUGAAUAUGUCGGCCCACAUCACCAGGGAGCUAGGCAUGGCUCCAGGUGGGGAAUUCAGAAGGGCUAUGGCAGAGGCGAAGAAGAUCCAGAACUGCAUCGUGCAAUUGGGAGACCGGGCCAUCGACAUCACCUUGCAUAGAGCCAUCGCUUCACUUUCUUGGGGACAGACUUUCCGUUUCAUAUGGCAUCUGCUGACGUACAAUCAGAGUAUAAGUUUGGAAGAAGUAGAGAAAUGUAAGCAAAAAAAGAUGCUAGAGGAUAUGCUGGAAGAGAUGUCCGACGAGUUUCCGGCUCUGAAGAGGGUGUUCGUGGUCGAGAGGGACAUGUACCUCUGCCAUUCGCUACAGGUCGCCGCGCUGCAGAUACGUCGUGAGCCAUGCCGCAUUGUGGGCGUGGUGGGCAUAGGGCACAUGGCGGGCAUCGUGGAGCAUUGGGGCAAGAUCACUUCGGAAGACAUCGCUCCGUUGCUCAUCAUCCCCCCUCCGUCCCUUUCCACCCGUGUCCUGCGCGUGACCGUUCGAGCGGCGUGCGUGGGCGCAUUGAUCUACGCCGGGUACAAGCUUAUACCGCGGCGUUGGCUGCCUUGAUCCACACAACGCACUGAUAACUUGCUCAAGACAAUUGGAGUCUCAAUAGUUUCAAAAUCGACCAAAUCGUGUCUUUAAUAGUUAAGAAAUUAAUAAUAAUAAUAAUUGCGGUUAGACCGACUUAGUGCUCUUAUUUGGUUAACUUAUUUUAUACUUCAGUUUAUUUCAAAUUAAAUAUCGCCCAAACGAUUUAAAAUUAUUUGAAAAGAUUUAAAGUUGUCGAAAUAUAUAAGAAUUGACGUAAAAUUGAUUUUAUUCUCCAAAUAUAAAAAGGAAAUAAAUCGCUAUUUUAACGAUGAAAAGUUCUAGAAUUACUUUUAAUUUUAAUUUUUCGGAGGUCUCUAGCAAUCUGGUAUUUGUGUUAAAGCGGGAUCGAAUCACGCGAAAUCAUAAUAAAGAAUGGCCAGCGCUAAAUUCCCAUAAGCAAGUUUGUUUUUAUAAUUAUAUAUAUUAUUUUGUGGAUAAGGGGAAGCGUUCAAGUAUUAUGUCACACAUUUUUUUAGAGAUUAUUUAU